GAACUCCCGCCGUGCCCCGCGCUGGGCUUCCAGUGGCGGAGAAUGGAGUUGUGGCCAAAGUGUCCUCUGGGAGUUGUAGUUUCUAUAUUGGUGAGGCGAGGAGGAGGCGGAGUGACUCGGCGGCCAUUAGCUGUGUGUAGUUGCCCGGGACUGGGAGCUUAAGUGAAGAGGGAAGCCUUGCUCGGUGGAAAUCUACCGUGGCCAUGGGCUCCUGCCGGGCCUAGCCCCAGAGUACGGAGAAGGCGGGCUUUUCGGUGCCCCGCCCCGCCCAGUGGCGGGGCCCACUAGGCCCCCGGACAUCCCCGGUCUCAAGUAGGCCUCGUCUGCCGGCAAGGGCGCCCCAAAGGCGGGAGGCGCCAUGUCGCUGGUUGCUUACGCCAGCAGCGAUGAGAGUGAGCCGGAUGAGGCUGAGCCGGAGCCGGAGGAGGAGGAGGCGGCGGCCCCUCCAUCUGGGCCCGCUUUAGGGGGCCUGUUCGCUUCUCUCCCCGCACCCAAGGGCCCGGCCCUGCUGCCUCCGCCCCCCCAGAUGCUGGCCCCAGCUUUCCCCCCGCCGCUGCUGCUGCCCCCUCCCGCCGGAGACCCCCGGCUCCAGCCGCCUCCGCCCUUGCCCUUCGGCCUGGGGGGCUUCCCCCCACCCCCAGGCGUGAGCCCGGCCGAGGCGGCGGGAGUUGGGGAGGGGCUGGGAUUGGGGCUGCCCUCGCCCCGGGGCCCCGGCCUCGGCCUGCCGCCCUCCGUGGGCGGUGCCGGGCCCCCCCUGGGCCUUCCCAAGCCAAAGAAGCGGACAGAGCCCGUGAAGAUCGCGGCGCCGGAGCUGCGUAAGGGGGAUUCAGAUUCCGAGGAAGAUGAGCCCUCCAAGAAGAAAACUGUCCUUCAGGGAUCCGGCGAGGGCGCUGGCCUGUCUGCCUUGCUUCCCCAGCCUAAAAACCUGCCUGUGAAAGAGACUGGCAGGCUGCCCCUGCCCCACGCCUCCUCCCGGAAGCCCGCGGAUGGCUCCUCUGACGCUAAGCCCUCCAGACAGGCUUCUAAGACCAAGCCCUCUUCCCUCGCCUCUGUCGUGGGCACCACGACCACCACUCCGUCACCCUCUGCCAUCAAGGCUGCCGCCAAGAGUGCUGCCCUGCAGGUGACGAAGCAGAUCACGCAGGAGGAGGACGACAGUGAUGAGGAAGUAGCCCCCGAGAACUUUUUCUCCCUCCCUGACAAGGCUGAGCCGCCUGGAGUUGAGCCAUACCCUUACCCCCUCCCUGCCGUCCCUGAAGAGCUGCCUCCAGGCACGGAACCGGAGCCGGCCUUCCAGGACGACGCAGCCAAUGCCCCCCUCGAGUUCAAGAUGGCAGCGGGCUCAAGUGGGGCCCCUUGGAUGCCUAAGCCUGGGGAUGACUACGGCUACAACCAGUUUUCCACAUAUGGCGAUGCCAAUGCCGCUGGUGCUUAUUAUCAGGAUUAUUACAGUGGUGGCUACUAUCCUGCACAGGACCCGGCCCUGGUCCCCCCCCAGGAAAUUGCCCCAGACGCCUCCUUCAUCGAUGACGAAGCAUUUAAGCGGCUACAGGGCAAGAGGAACCGAGGGAGGGAGGAGGUCAACUUUGUGGAGAUCAAAGGUGACGACCAGCUCAGUGGGGCUCAGCAGUGGAUGACCAAGUCGUUGACAGAAGAGAAAACCAUGAAGUCAUUCAGCAAAAAGAAAGGGGAGCAGCCAACGGGCCAGCAGCGGCGGAAGCACCAGAUCACGUACCUGAUCCAUCAGGCCAAGGAGCGGGAGCUGGAGCUGAAGAACGCCUGGUCCGAGAACAAGCUGAGCCGCCGGCAGACCCAAGCCAAGUACGGGUUCUAGGGCUCCGGACCCGACUGCCCCCGGGACCUCCUGCAGCCCGGCGCCACGGCCUCACCUCCGGGACCCCCGCUGCCUCCAAGUCCAGGGCCUCCUUCCCUGGGGACCCAGCCCUCGCCUCCGCGAGGAUGAACACGUUUGAUAGAUUUUUCUUAACAGAAGUUAGAGAACUCAGCUCCUCUCUGUCUUGGAGCAAAGACUCGAGCGGUGAUGCUUCAGACGGGGCUCCGAGUCCUUGGAUGGGAGUUUUGCUCCCUCGUGGGUGUGAUGAAAUGGUGAACCCCUCCCUCCAUCUUUUUUUUUUUUUUUUUCUUUUUUUAAUUUUAAACCAGGGAUGUCUGUUGAAAUAAAACAUUCAGUCUGAUGGACACUGCUCGCCCU